GGGGUUCACAGCGUCAUGGGGUGGCGCGGCCUAUUGGCGUUGCGGCCGCGGGCCCUGCAGCAGUUGCCGCGGAGCGCGCGGGGGCUCUCCGCGGGCGGCGAGGCGCAGGCGCUCCCGGCAGGCGAAGUACGAGCGUCGAGCGAGGCGCUGUGGCGGAGGCUGCGGGCGGGCGGCGCGCGUGUGGUGCCGGCCUUCCUCAGCGAAGAAGAGGAGGCGCUGCUGGCUCGGGAGGUGGAACCGCAGCUGCAGCGGCGUCGCUACGAAAACGAGCAUUGGGACGGGGCCAUUCAUAAGUACCGUGAGACAGAAAAAUCACGUUGGAGUAAAGAGAAUCAAGCGAUCUUGCAAAGAGUUCGAGAUGAAGCUUUCCCACCAGGAGUACCACAGCUUACUCUAGUCCAUGUCUUGGAUUUGGAUAAAACCGGGUACAUAAAACCUCAUAUAGACAGUGUCAAGUUCUGUGGCUGCACCAUUGCAGGCCUUUCCCUGCUGUCCUCAAGUGUGAUGCGUCUGGUUAGUGAACAGAAUCCACAAGACUGGCUGGAUCUGCUGCUGGAGCGCCGAUCUCUCUACAUUCUUAGAGGGCCAGCUCGUUAUGAAUUCACCCAUGAGAUCCUCAAGGACGAGGAAUCCUUUUUCAAUGGAAGGAAGGUGCCCCGGGAUCGAAGGAUAUCAGUCAUCUGUCGAAACCUGCCCUUGCCACCUGAUUCAUCAUAGCACUGCAGACUGAGAUUGUAGAAGCUGACAACUAUUCUCCAGUUGUAAUGUAGGCUACCCCUCUGAUGGACCAGGAGCUGCUUCUGAAAUGUUUGCACUGACCUGCCAUUCUCUGGGACUCAAUUUUUGUGACCAGGAAUGAGGGAUGGAAACUCUCCUCCAUGCACUAGAAGGAGAUUGAGAGAUUUAAAAGACUCUGGCUGCUUGCUUGCUUUCUCCUAACAGAUUGGGUCAGGGAAACUUGCAAAGAGCUAGGGAAAUGGACUUGAUUGUACUGUUAAUCUCAGGAAAUAAAAAAUAGUGCUGCUUC